AUGUCGACGCCCUCGGGCCCGAAGAAUGGCCCGACUAUCUGGGAGGUCGUCUCCUUCCGCGCGACCAAGGACUAUGUCAAUAAUCCGAGCCUCUUCGAGCCGGUCACACGUACGGUCAGCCAGCAUACCUCCCACGGCAUAUACACUGGACUUCAGAUCGAAGAACCCACGAAUCGCGUCACAUCAUUCACGGGAUGGGACUCAAUCGAGCAACACGUUGCUUUUACGAAGACGUCGACCUUCGCGCGACUGACACCGCAUGUCGCCAAUUGUACGACCGAGGAGCCAGAGGUCAGACAUGUAUCCUUCGAAGGCGACGGAGACGAGCUUUUGGCUCUCCGUGCGCCAGUAACUGAACUUGCCUGGAUGACGCCUAAACCUGGAGUCGACGAUACCGAGUUUCAGCAAGCCGUGAAGCUCGGAACAGAGCUCUUCCACAAGGACGAGCGGUGCUUGGGCGCAGCUUGGGGAAUGGUCAUCGAACCGGUGUCAUUGAAGAACAUGGCCGUGUACGUCGCGGGUUGGAACUCCAAGGAGGAGCGUGAGGAGGUUGUCGAAGCUCUCUUCAAGGAGAUGCAUGCUCGCUCUGAAGGCGUUCGGGGCGCCGAUGGCAAGCAAGCCAAGAGCUACGACGAGAUUUCCGAUCUUACGCUUCUGCACCUCAAACUGCGUCCGGGUCGCGACUGA